AUGAUGAUGUUGAAGGUAGAAGAGCUGGUCACAGGAAAGAAGAACAGCAAUGGGGAAGCAGGAGAAUUCCUCCCUGGGGAUUUCAAAGAUGGACAAUAUGAAGCUGCUGUGACUUUGGAAAAACAAGAGGAUCUUAAGACCCUGCCAGUGCACCAUGUGAGCCUGGGGGAGCAGCAGUGGAAAAGUGAGAAACAGCGGGAGGCAGAGCUCAAAAAGAAAAAACUAGAACAAAGAUCAAAGCUUGAAAAUUUAGAAGACCUUGAAGUGAUCAUUCAACUGAAAAAAAGGAAAAAAUACAAGAAAACUCAAGCUCCAGUUGUGAAGGAAGCAGAACCGGAAGUGGUUACAGAGCCUGUGGAUGUGCCUCGGUUUCUGAAGGCUGCACUGGAGAAUAAACUACCAGUAGUAGAAAAAUUCUUGUCAGACAAGAACACCCCAGAUGUCUGCGAUGAGUAUAAACGGACUGCUCUUCAUAGAGCCUGCUUGGAAGGACAUUUGGCAAUUGUGGAGAAGUUAAUGGAAGCUGGAGCCCAGAUCGAAUUCCGUGAUAUGCUUGAAUCUACAGCCAUCCACUGGGCAUGCCGUGGAGGGAACGUGGAUGUCUUGAAAUUGUUGCUGAACAAAGGUGCAAAAAUCAGUGCCCGUGAUAAGCUGCUGAGCACAGCGCUGCAUGUGGCGGUGAGGACCGGACACUAUGAGUGUGCAGAGCACCUCAUCGCCUGCGAGGCGGACCUCAAUGCCAAGGACAGGGAAGGAGACACCCCCUUGCAUGAUGCUGUGAGACUGAAUCGUUAUAAGAUGAUCAGACUGUUGAUGACCUUUGGUGCAGACCUCAAUGUCAAGAACUGUGCGGGGAAGACCCCGAUGGACCUGGUGCUGCACUGGCAGAACGGAACCAAAGCCAUAUUCGACAGCCUCAAGGAGAGCGCCUACAAAGCGCCGCGCAUAGCCGCUUUCUGAGCAGACAGUCUCUUUCAGGA